CAACCCUCCACCCCCGCCCUCGGGCCCCCGGGUAGAAUGGGGGACAACACCAGCCCCAUCAGCGUGAUUCUGGUGAGCUCGGGGAGCAGGGGCAAUAAACUGCUGUUCAGGUAUCCCUUCCAGAGAAGCCAGGAGCACCCGGCGUCCCAGACAAAUAAGCCUCGUAGCAGAUAUGCUGUCAACAACACUGGAGAUCAUGCCGAGGACCAGGACGGUGACUCCAGCGAGCCAUGUCCUCCAACCGAUGAGCAAUUGGUUGCAGGGUUUUCAGAUGUCAUUCUGGCAACAAUUUUGGCAACCAAGUCUGAAAUGUGUGGCCAAAAAUUUGAACUGAAGAUCGAUAACGUGCGUUUUGUCGGGCACCCGACACUCCUACAGCAUGCGCUGGGGCAGGUCUCCAAAACAGACCCGUCCCCGAAGAGGGAAGCUCCCACCAUGAUUCUUUUUAAUGUGGUGUUUGCACUAAGGGCCAACGCGGAUCCCUCGGUGAUCAACUGCCUGCACAACCUUUCCCGACGAAUCGCCACCGUGCUGCAGCACGAGGAGCGCCGCUGCCAGUACCUCACUCGGGAGGCCAAGCUGAUCCUCGCGCUGCAGGACGAGGUGUCUGCUGUGGCCGAUGCAAAUGAUGGUCCGCAGUCUCCGUUCCAUCACAUCCUGCCCAAGUGCAAGCUGGCCAGGGACCUCAAGGAAGCUUACGACAGCUUGUGUACGUCUGGCGUGGUGCGGCUGCACAUCAACAGCUGGCUGGAGGUGAGCUUCUGCCUGCCCCACAAGAUCCACUACGCUGCUGCGAGCCUCAUCCCCCCUGAAGCCAUCGAGCGGAGCCUGAAGGCCAUUCGCCCGUACCAUGCCCUGCUGCUGCUCAGUGACGAGAAGUCCCUGCUGGGUGAGCUCCCACUCGACUGCUCCCCGGCCCUGGUGCGUGUGAUCAAGACCACGUCUGCCGUGAAGAACCUGCAGCAGCUGGCCCAGGAUGCAGACCUGGCCUUGCUGCAGGUUUUCCAGCUUGCAGCCCACCUGGUGUACUGGGGCAAGGCCAUCAUCAUCUACCCGCUGUGUGAGAACAACGUCUACAUGCUCUCUCCCAACGCCAGCGUGUGUCUGUACUCGCCACUGGCUGAGCAGUUCUCCCACCAGUUCCCGUCUCAUGACCUGCCGUCUGUCCUUGCUAAGUUCUCCUUGCCCGUCUCCUUGUCAGAAUUUAGGAACCCCCUGGCCCCCCCUGUGCAAGAGACCCAGCUCAUUCAGAUGGUGGUGUGGAUGCUGCAGCACAGGCUCCUGGUCCAGCUGCACACCUACGUGUGCCUGAUGGCCUCACCCAGCCAGGACGAGCCCCGCCUGCGCGAGGAUGAGGUCCCCUUCACUACCAGGGUCAGCGGCCGCAGCCUCAGCACACCCAAUGCCCUCAGCUUUGGCUCCCCAACCAGCAGUGACGACAUGACGCUCACCAGCCCCAGCAUGGACAACUCCAGCGCAGAGCUUCUCCCCAGUGGAGACUCCCCGCUGAACAAGAGGAUGACGGAGAACCUGCUGGCCAGCCUGUCCGAGCACGAGCGGGCAGCCAUCCUCAGUGUGCCUGCAGCCCAGAACCCCGAGGACCUCCGCAUGUUUGCCAGGCUGCUGCAGUACUUCCGUGGCCGCCACCACCUGGAGGAGAUCAUGUACAAUGAGAACACCAGGCGCUCGCAGCUGCUCAUGCUCUUCGACAAGUUCCGCAGCGUGCUGGUGGUGACCACCCACGAGGACCCAGUCAUUGCCGUCUUCCAGGCCCUGCUAACGUGAGCCUGGCCGAGGUUGCAGAGGCAGGCAGCUGCAGUGCAUGGGGGCACCCGCAUCUCCCCACCCUAGGACUCCCUCCCAACCUGGCCUGAGUCCUUUUAGCCCUGAGACCCGACUUCACCUGCGUCAGCUGCCUCCUAGGGCUGCUACCCUCUGCAUCCUCACUUAUCUAGUCCCCAAAACAGGUCAGUGCCUGAGCUGAGAAGGUGAGGCUCUGAGCUGGGGAGCCGUCCAGGACUCGUGCUCUGAGUGAGGCCUGCAUGCUUCCCACACAGAUUUGGGCCACAUGUUUCUCUGACCUCCCUCCCAAUCCUUCCCAUGUUCCCCGGCCCCUUCCACUGCUGCCCUUCCAAGACGGAGGGCCCAGUGUCUGGCCUAUCCUGUGUGGCCCUGCACUGCCCCUUCUUCUCAGCUUGCUGUGGGCCUUCCUGGCCCGGCCCUCGCCACAGCCACCAGGAGGCUCAUGCCUUAGCCAUCCACUCCCCUUUGCCACCUGAGGCCUGAGGGCCUGGGCUCGUCCAUGAUGCUUACUUGGCUCCCCGUUGGGGUGUCUGCGCUGGCGUUCCCAGUCCUCCCUCACAAGGGUGGGGUGCAGUGGGCCUCCAUCGGGCCUGAGGAAGGCAGUGCCCAUGCUGGACCUGGCUCGAGGUGCCCGCUGCACACGUAGCCCCUGACAGCCACAUCCUGGAGGAGGAACUGAUCAUUGAGGGGGCUCUGGCUGAGACACAAGUGACACGUUUUGUAGAAAUAAAGCAUUUAUUUGGUUUUUAAACAAUUAAAAAGCCUGUCCUUAGCAGGCCCUUGCUUAGA